AGUAACUGCUCUUUUAAUACAGUUCUGAUCUGUACUAUUAACCAAUUAUAUUUGAAUGUUUGAUAUGUUUCUAGUUGCCAAUGACAACAAGAAAUUAUCAUACAUUUCGAAGAAAACAUUUAUUUAAUAAUGUGAUAAAAAGGUAGAAGUGAGUUAUCAAGAAACGUUCUGAAAUUUAUUUAUAUUGCUACUUGUUCAAUUUAUAAUAAUAAAGUGACUGUCACUAUGAACUCAAUCUUUGGCAGCAAUGAUAACAACAACAAUUUAAACCUUAUUAUUUUUGAUGCUUCAAAAAACGAAAGAAAACUGAACGAAGAAUUUAAAAUAUUACAAAGAAAGUUGAAAUCAAAAUGGAAAUUUAUCGAAAACAAUGAUACCUUAACGGAAGAAUUAUUAUCGACAAGCAAAAUAUUAGUAUUGCCUGGUCCACAAAAUAAAUUUACAGAAUUAGAAAUGAAUUCGAUUAGAGCAUUUUUAAAUUCUGGAGGGCACGUUUUAGUUAUGCUCGGCGAAGGUGGUGAAAAAAAGUCGAAUACAAACGUAAAUUUUUUAUUAGAGGAGUUUGGCAUAAUGGUGAACAAUGAUAGUGUUAUACGUAUGAGUUAUAGUCAAACAAUGCAUCCAAAGGAAUGCUUAAUUUCUCAAGGGAUGUCAAGUAAAUCUAUAUUUUUAAGAAAUCACAAUGAAUACAUAGACAUGAACUUUUUAUAUCCAUAUGGUGCGACGUUAAAUGUAGCACAACCAUCCAUAGUUGCAUUAUCCAGUGGAUCAAUAGCAAUACCAACAAAUAGACCUAUUUCUGCUUAUCAUUAUAAUGAAGUCAAUGGUGGAAAAUUACUUGUAUUAGGUUCUUCUAGAAUGUUAACUGACACAUAUAUUGAGAAAGAAAAAAAUGAUUCAUUAAGACAAAUGAUCUUCGACUUUUUUGAAUCCAAAGAUAUCGUAAUCAAAGAAUCUCAAAUGGAUGAUAUGGAUUUCUCAGAGUAUAAUUUUAUCCCAGACAUAACGCAACAAGCUAAUAAUCCAAAAGUAUGCACUCAAGACAUGGAUAUAAUGGAUAAUCCUCAUGAAUAUACCAAAUUAUUCAAACAUCAUCUUUAUUCAGUAAAUUUAGACAUAGUACCAAUUUGUAUAAAGGCUUAUGAAAUUCUUGGUGUAAAACAUGAACCACUUACCUUAAUUCCACCACAUUUUGAGGCUCCAUUACCACCCACACAAGCUUCAAUAUUUCCACCAAGUUUCCAAGAAUUACCACCACCAGCUUUAGAAUUAUUUGACUUGGAUGAAGCAUUUAGUUCUGAUUUAUUAAAAUUAUCACAGUUAACGAAUAAAUAUAUGGGAACAAAAGAUUUAUCAAAAGACAUGGAAUUAGAUCAUUAUAUUCGUGAAUUUGGAAGUAUUGUUAGAAUAAGUAAUUCUGACAUCCAUACAGCUAAAGAAGUGUUAAAUGCUGUUUUUCAAAGCAUCUGUAGCUACAAAGCUAUGCAUGAAUAAGAAAAUUAUAAAAUUGUAUAUAUUGUGUUUUCUAUGUUAUUUUUAAUAUAUUUAAGUUUAAAUAUAUGUAAUAUAAUUAAAACAGAUAUGUAUAUGAU